AUGGAAGAAACUUCAAAACCCACAAAGAUAAUGGAUGCUCAUAUAGACAUGCCUCCACAAGAGUUAGAGAUGCAUGUACAGAUAUUUGCAAUCCCAAGUUAUGUAAAAGAGAGAAACCCAGAUGUGUAUCAGCCAAAAAUGGUGUCCAUUGGUCCAUACCAUUACGGUAAACCUGAACUCCAGCCCAUGCAGUCGCACAAGAACAGAGCCGUAAAUCAGUUCCUUAAGAGAUCAGCAACUGGGGCAACCGUAGAAAAGUACGUGGAUGAGCUGAAGCUAGUUUAUGAUCAAUUGUGGGGAAAUUAUGAGCAGGUCCCUCAGUUGGGCAACUGGACGCCAGAUGACUUCAUCAAGCUGAUGAUGGUCGAUGGAAUUUUCCUUUUGGAAUUCUUGAAUGUCUUGCAUGGUAAUCGAAAAGGUAAUGAUUAUGCUGAUACCGAUCCUAUAUUUGGCAAACGGGGGCAUAUCUUGAACUAUAACUAUGUGAUGGAGGACUUGUUGUUGUUGGAGAACCAAGUUCCUUGUCUAGUGAUUUCCAUAUUGCUUACGGCUUCCGAAGGAAACGGAGAGAACAACCUAGCCAGACUGAUGCUUGCUCCACCUGCAAUCAAAGGCCAUCACUUGUUAGACAUGUACAUAAAAGGAAUACUAGGAGGGAGAGAGUGUCAGGAACCGUUUACUGGAGAAGGUGCCAUAAAAAAUUCUGCAGCCGAGCUUACCACCAAACAUUGGAUGAAAUUCAAGCCUGUUGCGACUUACAAAGAUAUAAAAUUUAGGAAAAAAGCAAAAUUGCUGAGUCUACCUGCCAUCUUCGUCGACCAAGGCACAGUACCUCGAUUUCACAAUUUGAAAGCUUAUCAACUUGUAGGAGAUACCAAUAAUGAAUUAGUCUCUUACAUACACCUCCUGAAUUUUUUUAUUCGUUCGGCUGAUGAUGUUAGUUCCCUACGUUCCCAAGGGAUCAUCGUUAGUUCUAUGGAUAGUGACGAGGCUAUUCUUACGGUAAUGAAUGAACUCACAAGGGACACAAUGGCAGAAAAUAUAGAUGAUAAGUCUGCUGGUAUAAUAAAACAGCCUUUACGCAAUUAG